ACAAUGGAAAUUGUCUAAGUUGAUAGACCCAUGAACAAGUCUUGGAUCUCACAUCUAAAUAUCUGUUAAAGAGUAUAAAUAGAAACUACCAAAAUAAGCAAAAACACUUGCUCUGAACAUUAACAGAAACAAACACGAGUCAUGUUCAAGUUACCUCAGGAUCUCAUUGUUGAAAUAUUCUCCAGGCUGCCAGUCAAGCCUUUGAUUCGCUUUAAAUGCCUGAGCAAAACCUGGCACUCAAUGAUCUCCAAUCCCGAGUUCGCCAAGCUCCAGCUCAGUAGAUCAAAGGACGUUAGCUGCCGAAGACUCCUCCUCUCAACAUGGCCUCCUCAAACUUUAGAUUAUGAAACAUUCUAUGAUGGUAAUGUCAGAAUCCUCAGUUAUCCUAGCAUAGUGAAAGGUCCUCCUCACGACUUCUAUGUUGGAAUUCUGGGAUCCUGUAACGGGCUGGUUUAUUUACUCGAUGAUUAUGGCUGCAUGUUCUUGUGGAAUCCGACUACUGGAGAUUACAGGGAAUUGCCUAACCCCAAUGGUGCAAUCUAUGGUAUGUUUCGCUGUGGACUUGGUUACAACUUCUCUACUGAUGAUUAUGGAGUAUUAUUUGCCAGCAAGUUUACUGCUAACGAUUCUAAAGAAACUAUAGUUGAACUUUAUACGUUAACAACUGGCACCUGGAAAAGAAUUGAAGAGAUUGAUGCAGUUUCUCAAUCAUAUGGAAGACCAGGAAUUUUUUGGAAUGGAGCUCUAUAUUGGUUGGAAACAAAAAGAAGGGGUCUUAAUGAAGUUUAUGUACUUGUUGCAUUUGAUAUGGUGGAGGAGAAGUUCAAGGAAGUACUGCCACUAGAGGAUCAUUUCAACCCCGACGACAUUGUAAGCUUGGGGGUGUCGGGAAAUCGGCUGUGUAUAUUUUGUGAAACCAGAGGAAACAGUUUUGAGGCUUUGAUAUUGAACGUGAACGGCAAUGAAGCAUCUUUGAGUAGAUUAUUCAGUUUUCCUCAUCACGAAUUUCCUGGAUAUGGAAAUAAUGCUUUGUGCUUGACAGAGAAUGGAGAAGUUUUAAUGGACUCUGAUGGAUGGGAAAUAUACUUGUACAACCCAAAACAAGGCAGCAUGAAGAUGUUUCGAGUGCAGAACUAUACGGAUUCAGAAUCAAAGUUAUAUGUGGAAAGUCUAGUUUCACCCAAUAAUUAAGAGACUGCAUAAGAAGCUUUUCUAAAGUUUAUGUGAUGGAUAGCAUCGCCUCUACCAUAUAAUCAAGAAUAGCAUAGGAUUUCUUUUGAAAAAAAAAAACUGUGGUCUUGGGUUGUCAGAUCUUCAGAAAAUCCUUCCUAUAGGUUGGGUGCUCCAGGUUGGUAACGAGUGUUCUGCUUUUUUACUGUGAAGCAAUGAAGAAAAGGAGGCUUUACUUUCUUCACCUGCUGGGCUCCACAUUAUUUUUCAGGAAUUAUUGGUUUCUGCCAAUUUAAUUUGAUAGGUGUUCAUGACUUGGUUGCUACACCACAAAUUGUAAAGAUCCAAAAAGAGUAAGUAUAUGAACUUCUACCAGUAAAUUCUGUUUUUCUUCUGAGAGAACUAGCUGAUCUAUCUAGAGCUAAAUAUAACAUAAUGUAGCCCCCUGCUAGC